AGGAAUUCGUUGUCACACCUCACCGUCAAAUUCCCAUCUCGCAUGAAUGGAAUGAUAUUAGCUGUAAAAGCCUUCAUUUAGGAAUGGAAAAUGGAUAGUGGAGGCUAAAUAGCUGCUAGCCUAAAACUACCAGUCAGGCUAGUUGACGUUAGUGUGUCAGCCCGGCCGGACAACAUAGACCAAACACACAGCAAAGAUGGUGUAUGAAAGUAUAUUUGACCUGCCGGUGGAGAAGCAGAUCUUUUAUGCUGUUCUGGGGUUUUCGUGGACGGUGUAUCUAUGGGAAGCAUACCUUUCUUACAGACAGAGGGGGGUCUACAGAUCAACAACACAUGUGCCACAGGAACUCUUGAAGAUCAUGGAUUCUGAUACAUUUGAGAAGUCGCGUCUAUAUCAGCUGGAUAAAAGCAACUUCGGCUUUUGGUCUGGACUCUAUUCUGAGACUGAGGGAACGUUGAUCCUGCUCCUGGGUGGAAUCCCAUUUCUGUGGGAUGUUGCUGGUUCUGUGAUGAUUCGCAUAGGAUUUGGAUCAGAGUACGAGAUUACCCAGUCGCUCGUGUUUCUGACGCUUGCCACCCUGUUCAGUGCCUUUACUGGACUUCCCUGGAGUGUGUACAACACAUUUGUCAUAGAGGAGAAGCAUGGCUUUAACCAGCAGACGUUGGGGUUCUUCCUUAAGGAUGCUGUAAAGAAGUUUAUUGUGACCCAGUGUAUCCUGCUGCCUGUCACCUCGCUGCUCCUCUUCAUCAUCAAGAUUGGUGGAGACUACUUUUUCAUCUAUGCCUGGCUCUUCACCCUGGCUGUUUCUCUGGUGCUUGUCACCAUCUAUGCUGACUACAUUGCUCCCCUGUUUGACAAGUUCGCUCCGUUGCCAGAAGGAGAGCUGAAGACAGACAUUGAGACUAUGGCCAAGAGUAUAAGCUUCCCCCUCACUAAGGUUUAUGUAGUUGAAGGCUCUAAGCGUUCCUCACACAGCAAUGCGUACUUCUAUGGGUUCUUCAAGAACAAACGCAUUGUACUGUUCGACACUCUGCUGGAGGACUACUCGCCUCUCAACAAGUCUGGAGAGCCACAGCCGGAGCAGCCAGAGAGCGAGGAUACAUCCAACGACUCACAAGCCAAGCCCAAGAACAAGAAACAAGGAUGCAACAACCGAGAGAUCCUUGCCGUCCUUGGUCAUGAGCUUGGCCACUGGAAGCUCGGCCACAUGGUCAAGAAUAUCGUCAUCAGUCAGAUGAAUUCCUUCUUGUGCUUCUCCCUGUUUGCUGUUCUGAUUGGACGCAAGGAGCUGUUUGUAGCUUUUGGCUUCAAUGACAGUCAACCCACAUUAAUAGGCUUGAUGAUUAUCUUCCAGUUCAUCUUCUCCCCGUACAAUGAGCUCCUGUCCUUCUGUCUGACAGUCUUGAGUCGCAGGUUCGAGUUCCAGGCAGAUGCUUUUGCACGCGGCAUGGGCAAAGCCUCCGAGCUCUGCUCUGCCCUCAUCAAGCUCAACAAGGACAACCUGGGCUUCCCCGUGGCUGACUGGUUGUUCUCCAUGUGGCACUAUUCCCACCCUCCCCUCCUGGAGCGCCUCAGAGCACUGGGCAGCAUCAAGCAGGACUGACGGGGUUGGAAGGGGGAGGACCGGCUGCUGCCUCCACCAAAGGGCCGCCGCAGACCGCUCCUGGCCCUGUGAUGCACCCUGGCCUUUUUCUACCUACCUGCCCACUCACCCCACCCGACCCAACCUUAUCUUGUUUUAUCUUGUUUUAGUCGUUUCUCUGCCCUACUUUCUGUUUUGUUCCCUUUGAAACAUUGUUUUAAACAAAACCAAAACAUAUCAGCACAAGCCAGCCUAAAACAAAUCUUAAGCCUGAACUGAAGAUCUGCACUCUUUCUAUAGAGACACCUAAUAUGUACUUAUUGAGAGCAAUACAUCCGGGCAAUGUGUGUUUAGCAAAAACUAUUGUUGGAGAACAGGUCACUUUUUGCAGAUUGACCUAAAAUGAUUCAGUUUCUGUACAAUUUGAUUACAUUUCCUUUUUGGAAUGAAAGAAGACAAUGUUACAUUUCAAAACCUGAACUUUUACUUACAGAACUAUGUUUCUGUUGUGAUGUGUACACGGCAUCAAACUGUUGAAGUCAUCAGAGUAUUUUCUCAGUUUAGGUUAAUCCUACACUAUUCUGAGUUUUUAUUUAUUGUGGAUUUGAAAAACAAAAAGACCUGUUGAGAACCUCUAACAUACUCAAGACAAUGUUUUUUGCAAGUACACAGGCCAGAAUUUGAUUUGUCUCUCAAGUGCGACUAAAAGCUCAAAAGGUAAAAACUUUGAUCUAGUCAUCAACUCAAAUUCUCAAUUUCGCAAAGGAACUAUGGAGAUGCUUAGUCAUGUUGAAACAAAUGAGAGUGCCUAUGAUUAUCUGUUUUUGAUCAGAUGAUAGACGCAUUACAAACAGAGCAGUGCAGAAUAUUUCAUUUGAAUUUAGGUGAGACAUCAUUUUUAUAUGUACUGCGGGGAACUUGUUUUAUUUUUUUCUAAAGCAUUUGUUUGCCGACAAGGUUCCAACCAUACCUGUACAUAUGUAACUUAAAUAAGUAGAAUAAUGGCGUAUGAUGUGAAUUGUGAAAAAUGUUGAAUGUGGUUUGAAAUUUUACUUUGAUGCUGUGUUUCUUAGUUUCUGCUCUUCUUUUUGGGCCGGAGUGAGCCCAGAGUUGCCUGGCAAGCAAAGUAUUUACAGGGGACUUGGGAAAGGGGGUCUUAUGAGGUUCCUUUCACCACAUAAGCCAGUGCUUGGUUUGUUCAGCGAGGGGACUGCAUACUUUCUUUGCUGCAUUGAAUAAAAUCCUUCAAAGCAU